AAGAGUCGGAGCAGUGGUGUCAGCGCUAUUCUCCCCGCGGACAUUGCGAAAAAUUCGAAUUUCAGGGCGAUUCCUAGGAUUGGGAUCACGAACGCAGUUAGGUUUGCUUGGAAGGAGAAGGACAUGGAGCCUUUUGGAAGGGAAACAUUUGGGAGGACUUUGUUGAUGGGAGUGUUAAAGCUGGCGGUAAAGGAUGUGAUGUGCCUCCAGGUGAACCCCUUGGAAGGGGCUUAUGAUGUGGUUUUUCACACGGAGGGGAAGCAUGAUGAGGUCAUGAAAAAGGCGAGGGAGGUGGAGAAGGCCAAGCCGAUGUGCGACUACGAGGUGAAAAGCUUGGCCAAGAACAACUUCAGGGUAAUAACUGUAAACAUGUAUAACCCGCAUGUUAAGGAUGAGGAGGUGAGGGCUUUUAUGGGGAGGUAUAUGGACAAUGUCUCCUCGGCAAGGCUCCUCAAAGACUCGCUAGGGUUCUGGAAUGGGAAGAGAAGCUUCCAGGCUCUGUUGAGGGAAGACCCAAAGGGCCUGGGAGGUUACCUUCAUCCUCCAGCUCUGUUCUCCCUGGGGGCUGACAGGGGGACAUUGUUUUAUGCCCUUCAGCCCCCUUUCUGCAGACGAUGCAUGGCCUAUGGCCAUAAUUUCGGCUCAUGUGGGGCGAAGAAAUGCAGGGUUUGUGGGUCUGAGGCACACGAGGCGAGGGACUGUGACGAGUCGAAGAAGUGCCAUGGGUGUGGAUCGUCAGCACACCUGUGGAGGGAGUGUACGGCUCAUCACAAGUCGAAGAAGAGGAGGAGGAGUUCCAGACCCAAGUGCAGGGCCAAAGGCAAUAUCAUCGACGACGGAGGAGGAGCCGAGAACAGCAGCGGGAGGAGAGGGGGACGGGCAGGGGACUGCCGUAGCAGUUCCGGAAGGAGAGGUGGUGCCGGGGACGGAGGUGGAGGGGAGUGUGGGAGAGGAGGUGCCAGAGAUGGAGGCGGCGGAGGGAGAGGAGGUCGGG